UUAUGUUUGAUGGCCGGGAAGUUAGAAAUUUCACCGUAAAGUUAGAAAAGAAACACAAAUUUCGCCGGUACGGACAAUAGGACACAGACAAGCUGUCGUGUUUCCGAUCACGUCCGCACCAUGACUACUUGACGCCAGCCUGACAAGAUGUCGGGUUCAUUUGCACGUCUAUCGUAGACUUGUCACGCCAGCAUGUCCGCCGCAGCAUCGUCCCCCAAGAAGGCCAGCAAGCCCAAGAAGGCCCCUGCAGCUCACCCGCCCACCACCGCCAUGAUCACGGCGGCUUUGGAAUCACUCAAGGACCGCACGGGUUCUUCGUUGCCGGCCAUCAAGAAGUACAUCGCCGCCAACUACAAGUUCGACGUGGAGAAGAAGUCCCACUUCAUCAAGCGCGCCCUGAAAGUCUUGGUGGAGAAGGGUACCCUGCUCCAGGUGAAAGGAACCGGGGCGUCGGGAUCCUUCAAAAUCAACGUGGCAGCCAAGAAGGCCGCCGAGAAGGCCGCCAAGAAGACUACCAAGAAGCCGGUCAAGAAACCCGUGGCCAAGAAGGCCGCCAAACCCAAGACCACCAAGCCUAAAAAGCCCAAGGCUAAGAAGGCCACCACCCCCAAGAAGUCUGCCAAGAAGCCAGCGGCCAAGAAGUCUGCCAAGAAGACUCCGACAAAGAAACCCGCUGCCAAGAGAGCUGCCACUAAAAAGACUCCGGUAAAGAAGGCCGCCAAGAAGACGGCGCCCGCCAAGAAGGCAGCAAAGCCCAAGAAGAAGUAAAGACCUGACCGUCACAUUUUCUGCAAACCCCGGCCCUUUUCAGGGCCACCCA